AUGAACCUCGUGGGCAGCUACGCACAUCAUCACCACCAUCAUCACCACCAUCACCAUCCGCACCCCGCGCACCCCAUGCUUCACGAGCCCUUCCUCUUCGGCCCUGCCUCGCGCUGUCACCAGGAGCGGCCCUACUUCCAGAGCUGGCUGCUGAGCCCCGCUGACGCCGCCCCGGACUUCCCCGCCGGCGGGCCACCUCCCGCAGCCGCGGCAGCCGCCGCCUCCUAUGGUCCAGACGCCAGGCCCGGCCAGAGCCCCGGGCGGCUGGAGGCGCUCGGCGGCCGCCUGGGCCGGCGGAAAGGCUCAGGACCCAAGAAGGAGCGGAGACGCACAGAGAGCAUUAACAGCGCUUUCGCGGAGCUGCGUGAGUGCAUCCCCAACGUGCCGGCGGAUACCAAGCUCUCCAAGAUCAAGACUCUGCGCCUGGCCACCAGCUACAUCGCCUACCUGAUGGACGUGUUGGCCAAGGACGCACAGGCUGGCGACCCCGAGGCCUUCAAGGCCGAACUGAAGAAGGCGGAUGGCGGCCGCGAGAGCAAGCGGAAAAGAGAGCUGCAGCAGCAUGAAGGCUUUCCUCCUGCCCUGGGCCCAGGCGAGAAGAGGAUUAAAGGGCGCACAGGCUGGCCGCAGCAAGUCUGGGCGCUGGAGUUAAACCAGUGA